UGCUGUGAUGCCGCCACGCCAGCCCUUGCAGCACUGGGAGGAUUGGAAGUCCUCAGGCAGCAGGACGGAGCUGACGAAUUUGCCGUGCAUUACGGCGUCUGUCCUGUCCCUCUCGCUCUCCCUAUCUGCGUACCCCCCCGCCGGCGGUUACUCAGCAGGCUCCGCACGUCGGUGGAAACGAGCCUGUUUUUUCCUGUUAUCGAGGAAGCAGUUAUGACUGUGAUGCUCGAGGACAAGCCUGGGCCUCCCACUCCCCCCUCCCCUAACAGCACAAAAGAAACCUACCUAAGCCGUUAUCUUCACCGGGCGCUGCCAGAGCAGUUUUGGUUGGCUGGAGGCUGGAGCGAUGCUGGGUCCCCCUCCCAGCUCUCCCGCCUCCCACCCAAUAUAAAGCACGGCUCCUCGCCGCUUUUCCAGCCGAUGGCACACGACCGCGGGCGCAGGUGGUGCCGCAGCUGCCUGUUGCACAUCCCUGCCACCACUGCAAGGACCCGAUGAGUUGCUGGAUGCCUGGGUGCCCAGCUCUCAGCAUGUGCCGGGGCUUAGCUGCGCUCCCCAUCACUUGCCUGGAAAGAGCCAAGGAUCUGAAGACCCGCUUAGGGAUCCUGCUUCAUAAACCAGAGCUGGGACACAGGAUCGGGACUUCCAGCAAGCUGCAGCUGGGCUCCAGGCGGAGAGACUCCUCACGGGAGGUACUCGAAUGGAGGGAGUCCUUCGACCAGCUCCUGAAGAGUAAAAGCGGGGUGACGGCCUUCCACACCUUCCUGAAGACAGAGUUCAGCGAGGAGAACCUUGACUUCUGGCUGGCGUGCGAGGACUUCAAAAAGACCCGGUCGAAAACCAAGCUGGCCUCCAAGGCGAACAGGAUCUUCGAGGAGUUUGUCCAAAGUGAGGCGCCCAGGGAGGUGAAUAUUGACCACGAAACCAGGGAGAUCACCCGUAAGAACCUCUCAGGUGCCACCUCCGCUUGCUUCAACGAAGCCCAGGCCAAGACCCGCACUUUGAUGGAGAAGGACUCCUACCCCCGGUUCCUGAAGUCCGCCUCCUACCAGGACAUGACCAAGCAGGCCACCAGCUGUGGCAUGAGCAAGCGGUCGCAUACCUGACCCGAGCCUGAAUUCACCGCGGGGGGACCAGCCGGUGGACCAGGCGGAGGUUGGGAGACGGUUUGCGAGGGCUGAGGUCCGCACGGUGGGGUUUCGGCUGAAGUCCUGGCAUUUUAGCAGGAUCCCCAGGACCUCAAGCGCUUCCUGCUUCCCACCGAGCUGCUGGGAAGAGAGGUCCUCCCUCCCCAGAGGAGUGGAACGGGUGGGAACCCGAUGCCUCCCCUUGCAGCAUGGCCAGAGACCUGCACCACCACAGGGACAGAAAGAAAUCAGAUUUGAGUUGCAAGCCUGGGAAAAAGAGACCGGAUUCCCCUGAGCAUCCGUAACCAGAGAGCUCCCACCUGCUCUCGGGACCCUGCCUCUGACCUGCAGCAUCAGCUGCUGGCUGCAGAGCCAGCGCAGGAGCCUGCAAUUCCCGCAGUGCCCAGGGCAACCACCCCAGACCUGCCCGCAGGGCUUUUCCUACGAGGGAAUGGCCAGAAUAGAAGUCCAAAGACUGCGUGGCAUUUUCAGCUGGAGGGACCCUGCGCCUGCCUUCUCCUGAUCCUAAGAUCCUUCUUCUGCCGUUUCCUACGCAUGCUCUGUAUCAAAGCUUUAUGCCUUCUUCCAGUAUAGUAUAUCCCUAGCAGUGACAUUUUUAUCCCUCACUUAAACUACAUGACCUUUAGAUUGCACAUAAUCUUAGGUCACAUGCAUAAAUUUUUAUUACUAUUAUUGUUAUUUAUUUUAUUAUUAUUAUUAUUAUUUUAUAUAUAUAUUUAUUAGAAGAGCACUGCUGAAAGCAUACACACAUCCCUUGCUCCGAGGAGCUUGUAAAUUAAAUUAUUUUAGAUAUUGUAGCACCUAGCAUGCCUCCCACCUUUUCCGUAUGAUAACUUAAGAGAGAUAACCAGACAGAUCUGUAACAUGACCAUGGAGCAAGGUACGCGAACAGCAGCAGCAAGAGCUGCAGUCCGGCAAGGGCUGCUAGAGGUGUCUAAGAUAGCAGGUUUCCCGUGAGCUCGGAGGACCAUUGAUGACAGUAAAAUGAUGCUUUGCAGUCCGAGCUGUUUCCUUUCUCCCCUUAUAGAUGUGGACGGCAUCUCGGCACAUAGACUAGCAGCUUGUCCUAGACAGAGAAUAGUGAUGUAAAACAGGCACUUUGGUGAGUGAUCCUAUUGAAAGCUUAUUUUUUACAUGUGGGAGAGAAAACCUGGGGCUUUCCCCUGGUUUAAAAUUGGGCAUGAUGUUCCCUUAGCCAGUGAGACCAAUCUGCAGCCACAGCGCUUUACCAGAAACCCGGGGAGCCAAGCAAAACAGCGAUGUGUGCUGUGAAUUCAGCGUCCUGGGGGGCGGCAGGACAUUUCAUCAGCUCAGACCUGUGGGGCGAGCUCUUCAGAAAGCCCCUCUGAGCAGGGAUUUCUGGGUCCCACAGCCACCCCAGAAAGCUGUGGAUCCCAUUUGGCAGCAUCGGUGCCAGCAGCCGCAUGGGUGGGUGAUGGGGAGCCUGUGGAUGUCCUGUGCUGGGUCACGGGGAAUGUCCCACCAGCACUGUUUCCUACUGAGACAGCCUGGGGCUGCCACACGUGCCUCUGUUUAUCCCUAAAGACCAAACCCUGAGGUCCUUAUCCCGCUGGUACUCACUCCUUGCCAAGGGAACCAUCUUUUGCCCUCCUGACCAUUAGCCGGAGCACAGGAUCGCUCGGGCUUUUCAUGGCUGUUUGAGCAGAGCAAGGGACUGAGGACCAGUUUGGGGACAUUAUUCGGAGUCCUCUUCCACUUUCCCCAUCCUGGUUCUACCUCUGAGCCUCAGUGGGUCCCACCUGCAUUUACAGGGAGAUUUUAGCUGCUUUCUUAUUUCUUAUUUAUUUUUACAACUGGAACCACCUUCGUUGUGUUACUGAAGUGAGCAACGCACAAUGGUCCGUUUUCAUUACUAACAUAAUAUUGUAAUUAUAAAAUAAAAUGUAAAGAGAAAAAUACUGCGACAACAUGGGUUUUUUGGUUGUGGGCUUUCAAUUAAUUUUUACAUUCUAAUUUUGGAUGACUUGCAAAGCAUACUAAAGCAAGCUGCUUGUGUUGGAUGGCUCAAGGGGCAUUUACAGUCGCUUUAAAAGUUGCAAUGUCAGGAACAGAAAAGGAAGGGCAAGACUUGUGAAAAGUAAAGCUUCAUGGUAUUUGGCUUAUUGAAGAGAACUGAACAGUUCACAGCAAGAAUGAAAGCAGAAGUUAAAUUUUGAAUAUAUUAAUUGCCAGGGUGUUUGGUAUUGUUUGUAUUGCUCACCAUUUUCUGAGCUCUUUACAGGACGGCAGUUCCCAAUACCUAUUUAAUAUCAGUAAGACACCAUUGUCUUAAAAGCACGGGAGGAUUCAUGUGAGGGCUGCUGUUUGUGAAAACUGCUUUUGGGUUGCUGUCAUCAAUAAUAUUUGAUUUUUAUCAAUACCUCAGCUGAUGACUGAAUUCAUUUACAAGGGGGAAAGUAUCUGGUAUAAGAGGGGUUAUUAGAAAACAUCUCACCUCUUUGCAGCAUGUGCUGUCUCUGAGGUCUGAGCAGUCCCCUGUGUCCCUACGGGAUGCUUUGGGAAGGCAGAGGAUGGGUGUGUGGUGUGUGCAUCUCCGGGGACCGCAGGAGCACUGGAGGGCUGCCUGCGGCACGAGCCAUGCAGGGAGGGGAGCAUCCAAGUGUAGCUCAGAGAUGUUCACGUCCCAAAUAAAAACCAAACAAAACAUG